AUGUCGUCCGUCUCCAUUCCUAUCUCUGGUGCCUCUGCUACCGUUACUUCAAAUCUGUCUACCCCGGCAUCUAGCCCUGGGAGCCCUUUUGGUUUAUUGAUUUACACUCGUGAAGAGCUUCUGAGCCUUGCCUCCUCCCCAUUAAGUCAAACUCCACCCGACAGCGCGGCCUUUAGCGAUUUUCCUACCUCUAUUCUUCGCACAAGAGGAAAUGGGCUUUCUAAUACCGCCUCAAACGAUGCCAAAGACGACUCGGACAAGGAGGAAGCAGCUCCUGGAUUGAGCACGUCUCAGCAAUUUGAACUUGAGCUGGAAUAA